AUGAUGUUAAUGGAACUUUCUUAUCUUCCCAAACAGUCAAAGAAAUACUUAAAGGGUUACAAUGGAUUAUCAAUAACCAAUUUCAUGUUUGCAACCCGAAUAUCCCGUGUUGCACGUUUACUAAACACAAGAAACGAACCUAAAUCAAGAGUUGAAGAUAUCGGUUCAAUAAUUGUCAACAAAAGUGUUACUAAUGGAUUGAACAGCAAUGAAUCUCUCAAACUCAAGGAUAAACUAACGUCAAAGGGAACGCGCCCCCGAGGGAGACCCAGGAAACCAACACCUGUUACUGUAAUAGACAAAUUCAAUAGUGUUAUCUCGUACUUAGAAUAUGUCAAAUAUAAGAAAAUGAAAGUAACAUCAAGCGUAUUCAUGGGAACUUUCUAUGAACUCCAAGUAAAAGAGUUUUUGGAAGAGAAUUUGAAAAUAAAAAGUACAAUACACCAAGGCGGAAGUAAUGAUAAGGGUAUUGAUAUCAAUGCAAUUUGGAAUCCUACAACUAUAUUCAACAACCAGAGGCAUACGAAUGAUGGCGAUUCCACCAAAAAAUAUGAAACCGUGAACAUGAAAAGAGUGAAGCCGAUUGUACUUAGAAGCAACAAGACUUUAAAACUUUUCGUUCAAUGUAAAUGUUUUAAUACAUCCAAAAUUGCCCCAAAGCUGAUACGUGAGAUAAAAGGGUCAUGUCAAGAGUAUUUUAGAAAAAAUGGUAAUAGCGCUGUUUUCAUGCUAGUUUCAACAAAUGGAUUUACUAAAGUAGGGAGAGAAGAUUUCGAUAAAGCACAGAUACCACUCAUUUAUGUCAAAUUUACAAAACCUCGACUGAUAGAUGCUAGAUACCCCUACGAUGCAAAAGGCUGGGAAACGGGGACGAUCAAAGGGAUGUAUUUCAAUCCAUUAGCGGUUGCAAUGUUCAAGGGACUAGAUUGGAUUAACUUUACAACUAAGCUGGUAUAA